ACGUAUCCAACAAGCAUAUUAAGACUAUACACAUAAUAGGAUUUCCAUCAUGGUUGAGAGACAAGACAGUGAACAAGAGUACACCUUUCGAAAUGUAUAUCUCUUCAAAAACAAAACCUUUGGUACUGGCUCCUAUGGGUCAGUGUGUAAAGCCAAAUGUGACCAGCUCAUUUGUGCUGCCAAGCUACUCUUUCCAGUGCUCUUUCAAAUGACUGUUCCUGAUCCAGGCAAAGAACAUAGACGGCCGUUUAGAAGAUUUGAAACCGAGUGCGCAUUUCUGAGUCGCAUCAACCACCCCAACAUCGUACAGUAUUUGGGGACCUAUUACGAUCCUGACACAAAUGCACCAGUUCUUCUCAUGGAACUCUUGGACGAGAGCCUGACACACUUCCUGGAGUUAUCACCUGGAGACAUUCCCUACCACAUCCAAGUCAACCUCUCCCAUGACAUAGCUCAAGCAUUAGCCUUUCUGCACUCCAAUGGGAUAAUCCAUCGCGACCUCUCCAGCAACAAUGUCCUACUUAUUGCAGGAAGUCGAGCCAAAGUCGCUGAUUUUGGAAUGUCCAAAUUCACGGACAUAAAUGUCACUCGACUAGCCACAAUGACCACAUGCCCGGGAACACCAGCCUUCAUGUCUCCUGAGGCACUAAACGAACCACCAGUGUACACAGAGAAACUAGACAACUUCUCAUUUGGUGUGCUUCUAGUUCAGAUUACAACUCGACAGUUUCCAAAGCCAACAAAUCGGUUUGAAAUAAGGGAACUACUUGAUCCACGGUUUCCGAACCAAAAAAUUCAAGCCAAUGUUCUUGUGCCCGAGAUAAAGAGACGACAAGCCCACAUCAGCCUGAUCGAGUACCCUCUAUUACUGCAAAUAGCACGUCAUUGCAUCAAAGACAAAGAUGUUGAACGACCAUCUUCCCAACAGCUUUGCCAAACACUGAGUGCUCUCAAGAUGACAGCCAGGUACCAAGAAAGCUUCCAACAAGACCUGAACCUGAAAAUCAGAGAGAAUGAACAAUUACAACCAAAUUUACAACUUACGACAGAAAAAGAUGAUCAAAUUAGAGCUAAAGACCAGCAACUACACACAAAGGACGCCGAAAUUGGUCAGCUUGCUUUACAACUACAAGCAAAUCAAGAGACAAUAACACACACAGAUGAGCACAUACAUACAAAGGAUACGGAAAUUGGUCAGCUUGCUAAACGACUUGACCAAACAAAACAAGAAACUCAAGUGCUACAACACGAGGCUGAAGAUAGGGUGAAACAGAUGAGGAGACUCAAACAAGAGUUGCAAUCACGUGAAGAGGACACUUCUGCCCUCCAACAAGCUAUCAAUCAACGAGACAGAGAAGUAACUGAACUGAAAAACACGUUGGCAAGCAAGAACGAGGAAAUUAACGAUCUAUCGAUUCGAAUACAACAAGUCGCACUGCAAGAUAACAGACAAGCUGAAACUCCACCAAUGAAACCUGGCACAAUAGUGAUGUGUGAGCCACUACCUGAUGCACCUGUUGAUAUGAGCUAUGGAUCAUCAGCAUCUUGGGAAGUUGCAUAUUUCAAGUGCAAGGGAAGUGAAACUGUUUACAUGUUCAGCAACAAUCAAUGGCACGAGUUACCAAGUUGUCCAAACAAGAUGUACACUAUUGUUAUUGUCGACAACAUACUCACGACUGUCGGGGGAGGGUCAGCCACACAAAUGUUUAGUAACAAACUCCACAAUUUCAUUGAAAACAAAUGGGUAGAGCAUUUUCCUCCCAUGCCAACUGCACGGCGGACACCUGCAGCUUCAUAUGCUAACAGUACACUUGUAGUGGCUGGAGGAUCCAAUUAUCUAACGACUGUCGAGGUAUUGGACACUGUGAACAAGCAAUGGUCUAGGGUUAAGUCACUACCGGUCGUAACCAAUCAACCAUCAGCAACCAUCUGUGGAGACUAUGUGUACUUACAUCCACGAAGUGGUAAGAUGCAUUCAGUGUACAAAUGCUCAUUAAGACAACUAACUCAAUCCCAGCAAAAUUCAGCUAUAUGGGAGAAGGUUGACCUUUUGCCAGUUAGCCAUUCCUCUCUUGUUACCAUCAAUGGCCACCUGCUGGCAGUGGGUGGGAGGGACUCCAAUGGAAAAGAAACUAAUGAAAUAUAUAAGUACAAUAUGACAUCUUGGACUGUCUUUAGUCAUAUGUCAACACCUCGAUAUGCAUGCCUCACUGCUGUCCUCCCUGGGAACAAACUGAUGGUGGUGGGAGGAUAUGAUGUACCGAGAAAAUGUGAAAGCUAUACUUUGUAGUUAUUUAAAAUUAUAUUUAUACAGCUAACUUGUUUUUUGUGUUCUGGUAUAUAUAUAUAUAGUAUAUACCCUGUACUAGCCUCGAUUCCAGAUCAACUAGUUUAGAGUGUUUAUGUCUUUUUUAGAUAUGCAUACAACUAAUAUAAUUUUUUAUAGCUUAUACUCACAAUUAUCAUCUGUAUAGCAUGCAGGUAUAGCUGCUGCCAUCAGCUUAAAGCCAUUUCUUUCUUUAUUCCCUCAUUUUGUAUUUUGGUUUUGCUACCUUCUGUUUAUGUUGA